AUGUUAAAACAUUUAAAAGACGCAUUAGUUGAGAAAAUUGAAGAACAACGUGCACAAGACCCUUAUUGUACAAUUCGAUGGAAAGACACUAAACAAUUCGAAGUUAUUCCACAAAGAUAUAUUAGUUUACCACCAUUACAAGAACUAGAAGAUAAUCUUACUUAUGCAGUUACUAUUGACGGUACAAAACGCUAUGGAACAGUUCUUGCUCAUGGUAAUAUAAAUUAG